AGCAGUUCUCGCAUCUGUUCAAUAAUUUAUUAAGCAGAUGUCUUUACUAUAGGGGUCUGCUAUAAGGGAGUCAAACUGCGGAAAGUCGUGAAAUAAUCAAUAUUCAGAACUGUGAGCUACGUCGAAACAACAGUGGAACACAACCUGCCAUUGAAUUGUUUCUGCCAUUUAAAUUGUGAUAAUAUGAAUCGUUAUACUAUUCUGCACCAACUUGGUGAUGGAACUUAUGGAUCUGUGGUCCUUGGCCAAAGGAAAGACACGGGGGAAAAAGUUGCGAUCAAGAGGAUGAAAAGGAAAUAUUAUUCUUGGGAUGAGGCGAUGAAUUUAAGAGAAGUAAAGUCUUUAAAAAAAUUACAUCAUGCAAACGUCGUCAAACUGAAAGAAGUGAUUCGUGAAAAUGACAUAUUGUAUUUCGUAUUCGAAUACCUCCAAGAAAAUCUCUAUCAACUCAUUAAAGACCGAAGGGUACCUUUUCCUGAAGCUACUGUACGAAACAUGUUGUAUCAGAUAUUGCAGGGUUUAUCAUUUAUACAUCGCCACGGAUUUUUUCAUCGUGACCUAAAACCUGAGAACAUACUGUGUUCAGGUCCCGAUUUGGUUAAAAUUGCUGAUUUUGGUUUGGUCCGAGAGAUUAGGUCCAGACCACCUUACACAGAUUACGUAUCGACUAGAUGGUACAGGGCACCAGAGGUGCUCCUGCACUCGACCACUUACAGCAGUCCGGUAGACCUGUGGGCCGUUGGUUGUAUAGCAGCUGAAAUAUACACUUAUCGGCCUCUGUUUCCCGGGACCACCGAGACCGACCAGUUGUAUAAAAUUUGUGCCGUUCUGGGAACCCCCGAUAAGAGACAAUGGCCCGAAUGUUAUCAACUUGCUGGCGCAGUAGGAUUUAAAUUUCCAUAUUUCGUUAAAACGCCAAUCAGUGACGUCGUACCUCAAGCCGGACCUUCUGCAGUUGAUCUGCUGUUGAACCUGUUAAACUGGAAUCCAACAAAACGACCCACUGCACAAGCAGCUUUGAAACACCCAUUUUUCCAAGUCGGCCAAGAAUUUUCGUCGCAAAUUCAAAUAAACAGCGCAGUGAAACAACCCAAAAUAAAUUUUAGUCAACAUCAGCAAACCGAGUCGAAGGAUUCUUUGCCUCCGACAGAGGUUCAAUCCAACAAUCAAUCUUUCCACAAGAAUACGAUGCCACAGAACAUUCAACCUUCAGUACAGAUUAACAUUCAGUCGCUUAUUAAACAAAUGCCAGAUGUUGACAACAAUCCACAACAGCCAAUGGCUCCGAUUGUUUACAGUUUCGGCCAAUCUGAUUAUGCAAGUAAAUAUUUAAUAUCGAACAAUCCGACUCAGAGUAGAGCAUUACCUCCAAAGAAAUUGUCGUGGACUAAUUUUGACUACGAAAAUGAGGACUUUGCCGAUAUAUUAGGAAGUAGAAUCAAGAUUCCUGCUCCAGAGAAACCGAAAGAGCCAAAAAUUAGUCAUUACAAUCUGCAGGAUCUUUUGGAACCAUUGGCCAAAGCAAGUGCUGGUACUGCCAGAAGUCAGUAUUUAAGUGUUUCAAGGUACAUAGCAGGUCAACCAUCAGGAGUGCGACGAGGAGUUAAUCCAUUAAAUUAUAUACCAUCUUAUCCAGACAGCAGAAGAGACAGUGGUGUUUUAAGAGAAAAAUCAGGGAAAAUGGAACUACCUAGUAUAUGGAAUGAUCAAAUCAAGGACAUGUCAACUUCAACACAAAGGAUAAUUAGAGGUUUAAAUACUUCCAAUACGACUGGUAUUGAUUGCACGGCCAAAUAUUUUAAAUAAGAAUUCAUCAUAGUAUAUAUAUUGAAAAUAAUCUGUGAUAGUUACAUAAUUUAUUCAAGACACAUUCCAUGUUAUCUAUAGAUAGAUGUAAAAUUAUAACACGAUAUAUUUCUUGUUGUUAAAUCUAUAACUAAUAAAAUACCUUUUCGUAUUUA